AGAAGUAUAUGUUUAUCUCACUCCACUUAUUGCAUCAGUACAGCAGUGCAACUGAAAAGAACAGACUGUCAUGUUAGGUUAUGUUAGGUUGGGAUUAUCUUUGCUAGAUGAUAUGUGUUUAGUGUUCUUCAUACCGUUUAAAUCAGUAAUUGUUGUUCAAAAUGAUGGAAUUUUCGGAAGAAGGUGAAAAACUCAAGGAUAAAUCUCGAUGCGCGAAUAUUCGUGCUGAUCUAAAGAUGUGUCUGCUUGAAAGUGAUUGUUGUAAGAUUCACAAGCGUACACCCAGGGAAUGUCUUAAGAUGCGUGAUGGCACAGUACCUGAUGAAUGUUAUGCUUUGCGCAAUACAUUCUUUGAUUGUAAACACUCUUUACUUGAUGGGAGACGACGUUUUCGUGGACCCAAAGGAUAUUAGUUAGCAAAGUAAGAUAUUGUUAAUUUCUUAUAUUUUACCAAAUAAUCAAUGUCGGCAAAAGUAUUGCAUUUCCACUGGAUAUUUCAUGAAGAAAUAUCCUAUAUACAUACAUAUAUAUGUAUAAUAUUGAUAUAUAUAUUUUUUUGGGAAAUGCGCGAACAUGACUCAUUGAUGAAGGCGGGAAAAUAUGUGAUUUCAUUUUAGAAGUAAUUUAUUAAUCCUUCGUCAUAUUCGUUGUACACGAUUUUAAUAAAUGUAUUAUAUUUACCAAGCAA